GGCCAGAUACAACGAAGUCUCAUGCCUUCGACCCAAUCAGAGGGAUCGAAAGUAGCGGAUAUCAUCGCCUGUAAUACCAUAAUGCUUGCGCUGGCUUCUUUAGGCGCUUGUGUUCGCCUUACAGCCCAAAUUCAUACGCGACGUUUUGAUGUCGAUGACGUGACUCGAUACGGCUAUGGAAGACACUUUACGGUCAUCGCACCGGACAUGAGUACGGUAACUACAUUCUUGAAGCUCGACUUUGUCACAUCAAUCUCCUAUCUCAUCUCUUUGACAUCGAUUAAGAUAUCAUUCUGUCUCUUAUACCUCAAGGUCUUCUCGGUAACCCGUUUGCGGUGGCUAUACUACUUUGUCAUGGCGUUCGUGAUCUGCGAAUUCAUCGAGGAACUGUUUGUCGUCAUAUUCCAGUGUUCCCCUAUCCGCAAGCUUUUUCACCCUACUACAGUGGCGGGCGCCUGUAUCGACCUUUAUGUUUUCUACUACGUCUCCUUCGGCAUUAAGCUCGCCACUGACGCAGCUCUGUUCCUCUUACCCAUUCCGCAACUGUUGAAGCUUCAAGUUCGACCCGGAGCCAAGGCAGGUCUGAUUGUAAUGUUCGGGCUGGGACUGUUGGUCUGUGCAACCAGCAUCGUCCGCAUUACUUUUAUACGGCAUUUCCAGGUGGAUUAUACCUGGGUCCUUGUCCAAGCCUUGAACUGGUCAGCUGUCGAGGUCUGCGUCGCCAUCAUCGUCGCCAGCAUUCCUUCCUUUAAAGUCAUCUUCUCUCGAAGCUUCCCUGUCUUGCAACAGGCCCACCGUCUGCCCAGCAGCCCCGAGUCACGUCGAGAAGUCGAUACCGCACAUGUCAGCCCACUUAACGCGGAUUAUUUCUCUAUCCGUGUGCCCCAGAGACCCUCCGGACCCCGUGACACCUUUCCGAUACCCUCGCCACCUGUAUCGGGUUAUCUCAGCGAGACGUCUGUCAUGACUGGUGGCGUGCUAUCCGUGAUUCCGGAACAGGUAGUCGGUGCGCUUAGGACACCGGGGGAAGCGGUGGGGUAG